AUGGUGCUUUACUGUAUCAAGUUUUAUGCAUUGAAAGUUGCCAGCACGGUACUCCACCACUACACAUUUAAAGGCAAAGUGAACACAGCCAGCUUCUCGCCGGACGGCAAGUACUUCGCAGUGGGUGUGGGGAAACAUACCGAGCUCUGGAAGGCCCCAGGACUUCACAAGGAAUUCGCACCCUUCGUACACCAUCGCACAUACACAGGCCACCACGAUGAUGUUACCUGCAUUGGGUGGUCGUCAGACUCCAAGUUCUUCUCCUCGGGUUCUGAGGAUAUGACUGCCAGAGUCUAUUCCGUUCACCCAAUCGCAGGGUUUACUCCGCGGUUGCUGUCGGGCCACAGAGACUACGUGAGCGGCGUGUUCUUCUCCAGCGAUGACUCGCAUAUAUACACAGUCUGUAGGAACGGCGCGCUGUUCUGCUACCGCAAGGUGGUGCAGGGUGUAGAUGAACACGGUAUUCCUGGGUAUGUCGCGUAUGAACCCCCUGCUGAUGGCACGGGUACCAAGGAGGCGGGGGAUGAGAACAUGGCCCCUAUCUGGCAUCUGUACACCAAACACUACUUCAAUCACAAUCACGCGAAGGUCAUAUGCGCCGGAUUUCAUGAGAAGACGAAUGUGCUGGCCGUGGGAUUCUCAAAUGGAGUGUUCUGUUUGUACGAACUCCCGUCAUUCACAGAGAUCCACAGUCUCAGUAUCUCGCGCAACAAGAUUUCGUCUGUCGCCAUCAACGCCACAGGCGAGUGGAUCGCCUUCGGCAGUGAGAAGCUGGGACAACUCCUCGUUUGGGAGUGGCAGAGUGAAAGCUAUGUGCUCAAACAACAAGGUCACUUCCACGAAAUGGGGGCGGUCGCGUACUCGCCCGAUGGACAGCUUAUCUGCACAGGUGGUGAUGAUGGGAAAGUGAAGGUCUGGAACACUCGCUCAGGGUUCUGUUUUGUCACCUUCAGCGAACACACAGCCAGCGUGACGGGUGUCAGGUUCAGCCACUCUGGUCAUGCUGUGUACUCUUGUUCGCUAGACGGAACUGUGCGUGCAUAUGAUCUGAUUCGAUACAGAAAUUUUAGGACCAUGACCUCCCCACAACCGGUGCAGUUCUCGUGCUUGGCCGUAGAUCCAGCGAGUGAGAUGGUGUGCGCGGGCACACAGGACACCUUUGAUAUCUACGUGUGGUCGUUGCAGACUGGUAGAUUGUUGGAGGUUUUGUCCGGACACGAAGGGCCCAUCACAGCUCUACACUUCAAUCCUCUAACGUCAGUGCUGUGCAGUGGUUCAUGGGAUCACGAGCUCCGCAUGUGGGACAUAUUCGAUAACAAAGCAAGCACUGAAGCGCUUCCACACACAACGGACAUCCGGGCCUUCUGCUUCGCACCGUCUGGCAAGGAGAUCUGUGUGAGUACACUGGAUGGUCAAUUGACCUUCUGGAAUGUCGAGGAGGCUAAGCAAGUGGGGUCUAUUGAAUGCAGAAGGGAUAUCGCCGGUGGUAGGAAACGAGAUGACCUGGUUACAGCCAAAAACUCGGCUAGUGGGAAGUGCUUUACUAGCGUGUGCUACAGUGCUGAUGGGCAGGUUAUUCUGGCCGGUGGUCGCACAAAGUACGUUUGCAUCUACUCCGUCGCCGAGAGAUGUCUUCUGAAGCGAUUCCAAAUCACCAUCAACUCGAGGUUUGAUGGUCUGCUAGAGAAACUCAAUAGCAAGUACAUCACAGAGGCUGGUACAAGCAUGGAAAACUACUCUGAUGGCGAGGGAAGUGACCUCGAAGACCGUGUUGACCAUUCCUUGCCUGGAGUUGCAAAGGGUGACUUGAGCAAGCGGAAUACCAGGCCUGAGAUCCGCACUCGUGGUGUCGAGUUUUCACCCACUGGCAGUGCAUGGGCGGCCGCUACUGUGGAGGGGUUACUGAUAUACUCUCUGGAUCAAAAGGUAGUGUUCGACCCCUACGACCUAGAUAUCGACGUCACACCAGACACGGUCAAGGAAUCGUUGCAGGAGAAAGAGUACGAGAAAGCGUUUUCCUUGGCGCUCAGACUGAACGAGAAGGAAUUGAUAAUUGAGGUCAUCGAGAGCAUACCGCAUCAGCAGAUCGUACUGGUUGUGCCUCGCAUGGGAGGUCGGUAUAUCGAACGUGCCCUGGAUGUUGUGGCAUGGGGUCUGGAGAACAGGCGAAGGAUAGAAUUCUAUCUCCUUUGGUCCUUCCACAUCUUAAACGUACACGGUCGCUACCUUAAAGAGCGAAGUGACCGGCUGCAACCGGUAUUCCGAGCGUUGCAGAAAAGUGCCUCUGCACACAAAGACUCUCUGGCGAAACUUUGCCAAAACAAUACAUACACAAUGGCGUACAUACAAACCCUGACGGACUUCGCGAAUGCCGAGAACGCCGACACAGAGCUCGGUGGAGAUGAUGACACUGAGAUGUUCAGCGAUGAGGUAGAUAUGAAUGAGCCUCGCGAGUCACUGGCCAUGCAGAUGGGCUUAGAUAUGGGUGAUGGAGCCAUGGACACGACGACAGCUACGGAUGUCAUGCCUGGUUGGGGGUGAUAACUAUGAAUAUUUUGUUUACACACUUGGAGAUGAGCACAAUAAAUUUAGGUAUGAUCAUUUCGACCUGAGAGGUUUACCCGAUAUCUGCAAAGGGUUGAUUGUUAUAUCAUAAUAGUAGACCUGGGAAGUUAUACGUCCGCUAUAACUGGCUACGCCGGAUGCACGAAUUAUACCGUCAAAUCCACGACUGCCC